GUAUGGAGCCGCAACUGGAAUGCAGGUUUCUUGAGAAAAUGCGAGGCAAUUUAUCAUCAACUUAUUGAAUUUCUAACUUUUGCCACCAACUUUCUCAGAAAGUGUCGAUCAACUUUGGAAGUAUCAACUUUUGCGGGCAACGUGGUGUCCAGAUGCGGCUGUAGUUUCACGUCAGUUUCUCUCCAACUUGGCUAUCAGGGUGGUUUCUCUACAAGCUUCACCCAAUACGACUAUUUCAGCCUCUGUCGAUGAUACGGAGACGCAAUCUUGCUUUUUACAGCCCCAGCUUAUUUCGCGACUAAAUACCUUGAAAAGGUAACCAUUGUUAGAUUUCUUGUAUUUCCUUAAUUCUGCCCAAUUGGCAUCCGCAUAUCCUAGUAGCCCCUGAUUAAAAGAAAUGAUUCAAAACGAUUCAAUUUUACUACUAUGUAGAUAUACAUUCCUCCAGCCCAGUACUUCACCUACAAAUUCAAAUUCAAAUUUUUCCCGCCUUUUUUUAUCCGCUCCCGAUUUUAUCAACAUGACAUCAGAUCAGCAAGUAUUGAAAUAAAACAUGGCAACCAGUGUAGCCAGAUAGUGAGAUAUUUUUCCCCCUCCCAGCAUUACGCUGUAUGCUAUUUCAGCACGGGAAGGGGCAAAAAUAUCCCACGAUCUGGCCACACUGCCGAGACGCUGGUUUGGUUUAGUUUGGUUUAGUUGUUUACUAGCGAACGUAACAAACUCAUCUAUUACAACAAAAAAGUGUCCAAAUUGAAUGCAAAUAAAAAACAGAAUGGAUCCAAAUAGUCCUAAAAUAGAGAUCUUCGAUCUCGAUAACACACUGUGGCCAUUUUUGAUCGACAGAGACGUGGCUAAACCAUUUUCUCAAAACAAUAGUGGCUCUAUAGUAGACUCAGACGGCAAAGAAAUAAAAUAUUAAUAGCAAGUACCGGAAAUUUUAGACAAUUUGAUCAAUUUAUUGAUUAAUCUAAUAUUAUAAGAGUUAUCGGCCGUGAUAGAAAAAUCGGUUCAUUAAAUGAGCCGUAAAUCGUAAACGGUAAGUUUUACAAAAAAAGUUCAUAGGAAACAAAACAUGCGAAAUUUUAUUCUCUACAAUAAUGGCCUUGAUGACUUUUGCCCUAAAGUGCAUAAUUUCUGAAAUAUCGGCCAAAAACGUUUUUUCAAGACGGCACCUGGAGCUCCACUGGAAACUGUCAGCAUUUUGUGAUUUUAUACUCACCUACAAAGAAGGCUACGAAAUUACCAUCGCCUCGCGUACUGCCGCAGAAUAUACAGCAAAUCAAUUACUUGAAUUAUUAGAAUGGGAUAAAAAUAUUAAGUAUAAGCAAAUAUAUGCUGAAUGCAAACUUACGCACUUUGUGAGGAUCGAAAUACAAUCGGGAGUUAUUGCUAAAGACAUGAUUUUGUUUGAUGCUGUACCUCUCAAUAUACGUGAACUAAAGGCACUAGGUGUGCUGUCAAUUUUAGUUAUAAAUGGCCUGAACAAAGAUCUUAUCAAGUAUGGCCUAGAAAAAUUUUCAUCUCCUCCUGAUGAUGAUGAUGAUUAUUAUUAUGAAGAUGAUGAUCAUGAAGAAUUUUGUUGAAUUAUUCAAAUAAAAAAUUUAUUAAUCAAUUAUUAAAAAAAAGUUUAUUUUUUAUUGAAUAAUAUUUUCCACUAUCAUUAUUAUU